ACACUGGUUGGAACUAGUUACUUUAGGUUUGGAAAACGUCACUCGGUGAUAAAACUAAAAACUUGAUAAUUCAUUUUAGAAGCAAAACAGAAUCUUGUUAAUCACGGCGCUCAUCGGUCGUUUAUUUAGACGCUACUACGCGGUUAGUUCCAAUCUCAGCAAUAUAAUGGUGGUGACACACAACGUUAAGGGGUACGAGGAGUUCUCCAAGAAAAUGGAGGAGCUGGAGAACGGCAACGAGGCGGUGCACGUACUUUUCAGCGGCGGCAAGGACGAGAAUGGCCAGAGCUGGUGCCCCUACUGUGUGAAGGCGGAGCCGGUGAUACACGACGCUCUAAAGAAGGCCCCCGGCAACUCACAUUUCGUUCAUGUGGAUGUGGGCGAGAGGAGCUACUGGAAGGAUUUGAACUGUCCCUUCCGCAAGGAUCCCAACACGCAUCUGAUCUUCUUGCCCACUCUGUUGCGGUGGAAGCAGCCACAGCGCCUGGACGGUGAGCGCUGCUCCAACCAGGAUCUCGUAGAGAUGAUGUUCGAGGAUGAGGACUAAGUGCUAAGCGCUGUGCCUGUCGUAUAUACUUAUACAUAAAUCCGUAUAUAUUUUGGAACUCACUUCAAGUCAAGUUGGAAUACAUCAGAAGCCUAAACAACUCGUUUAAUUAAAUCGUCCCUCAGUAA